UUGUCUUUCCACAGAGCGGUUCGUCUCAGUCCACGUUCUAAAGAUUGUCUCAUUGCACCGAACUGGGACAAACGAACUCCAGUGUCCGUCCUUUAUGAAAGACGAGCCUCAGAUUUACUGACCCUAGGAGCUGAAUGUAUGGAAACAUCGAACCAAGCAAAUGAUGCGGCAGAUCCGGAUUCUGCCGAAUUCGGUUCAGUACCUCAUUCAUAUUCGACCGUGGGAACAAGGGUUUCGACCAAUCGUUGUUGUAAAUCUCGCGUGAACACCAGUCGUCAUCGUUUUGGUACUCGCAGGUCCACCACCACUAACGCGGAAGCUCCGGCUCUAAUCCCUCACGAACAACUAAUGACCACUACCGAUAUGAGUGCCAAUAUGUGGCCAUUUGCAGAGAUGUUUGGAUCCGGAUUGUGUGAUUGCCGAGAUGCCGAAACUGAAGCAAGUGACUUUUUUGACCAAUCACAAAACGCGCAUUUGGUUGGUCAAAAAGGACUGCAACUGAUCAUAAUGGAACCCUGA